CUGGGUGGCGUGCUGAAGGAGUUCGGUGCACAGGUGGUUUUCUCUUCCAUCCUACCAGUGACCGGAUGAGGAAGACGGCAGGAGAACUGCAUCAGAGAGACCAACUGGCAGCUUCGGCAGUGGUGUCUCGAGGCAGGCUUCGGCAUCCUAGACAAUGACCCGCACGUCACGACGAGGGACAUGCUCAGCUGGGAUGGGCUUCACCUGUCCCCCAAAGCACUUGACACAGGCUCAAUAGUUGAGGUUGGUGCUGGGGAGGUCCAAGAUGGUCCCUUCAUGACUGGUUGCUGAGAAAGGAACUGGAGAAGUAGCUGAAACCUUGGAGGUGCUGGAAGCUGCAGGAGACUGAGGGGACAUUCAUGCAGACAUGGACCCCCUCAACACCCCCCAGACAGCACAUGGGGCGAGACCCACCCCAGGCAGAAAGGGAGCACUGGGGUUGUGUACAGCAGGGGCCUGAGCUGCAACUAGCUCUGGGGUGGGCACAGGGGGCUGGGUAUAACUGGGCUUCCCAAUGCAGCUGGCGCUGGGAUGGUGCUGGGCUGGGCAUAAUGGGAUCUCCCCCUUGAGCCAAGGGCUCCAGCUCCCCCUGCUCCAACCCACCAGUCCCUGUUCCUGUUCCUGUCCCUGAGCUGGGCGAGUACCCAGGGGUCUGGGCUGUCAGCUCCCCCCUUCCCCAUUGCUUACAGGAACUGGAAGAAGUCACCAGGAUGUGGAUCUUCUGUACAGCUGUCCCAUGUGUUCCUGAUGUGUUGGACAGCCCCAGUGUCACCAGUAUCCCCAGCACCAGGAGAGAAGCAGGUGUCACAGCAACCAAGGGAACAGCCGACCCUGAGAAUGGGGCUCCUGACACUUCAUCGCAGGAGGGAUGCAGGUCAUGGGUCAAACAACAUCCAAAGAAAACUGGUGCUGGAGUCUGCCCUGAUGGCCAGUCAAGGCUUCUUUCAGUGUGGUGUUAUGCUCCAGAAGGGGGUCGCCGGCUUGUCCUUCUGGCUGGACAGGUCGGGUGCUGGUCAAGUUGGAGAUCAAGAAGGCGCCCCUGAAGGUCACUUUUCACUGCUUUUUAUCUGUCCUUGGCAGACUUUGGUGACUCCCCAGUUUUCAGGUUUUCCCAAUCCAGGGGUCUUUGACCCUCGUGGGACUUCCCCCUCGGUGGCUACUGGAUCCCCAGGGGUCGUCCGCAUGUACGUGCAGGUUUGGGAGUCCGUUGAUGACUUUUGAUUAAUUUACUGCUGUCAUGAAUAGGGCUCUGGGAGCAGUCGAUCUGGAGAUAUUCAGCCCCAAAAGGUGAUCCCUGGAGGUAAUUAAGCCAGACCGGGGCGUCUAGCCCUUGAACAGGGAGGUUGAGAGAACUCCCGGUUGCUACAUUGUCUCCUAUUGAUUCUUUCUGUUGGCUGAUCUGCGGUUUGCAUAGGUGUUAAUUGACCCUUGUUACUGAAGCCUGCUACUGUGUUACACAUUCAAACACUGACUCGCUCGCUCUUUCAGGGCCCGCCUGAUACAAGGUAGCAGCAGUUUGAGUCCUGCCCUUGUUAACAUUGUUACAGUGUAUAACUUACUUCUGCAACUACACACAUUUAGUUAAAAGGUGAAGCAUAUAAAAUAUAAGCUGCAAGAGUAAUGCCACGGCACACAAAUAGAUAAAAAUACCAAAAUACAAGGGGAGAUACAAAAUAGACAUGUGCAAACUUUAAAACACAAUUCCUCAUCUUAUAGUGAAAGAAAGAGGAAGGAAGAAAAGGUAGAAGAAGAGAAACAUAUCUAAAGAGGGGAGAGCAAAUGCAGGCAAGAGGAAAAGGGGGCUUUCUGCUACAGGCAGGCAUUUGCCCCUCGCUCAGCCUGGCCCGGUCUGGGGGGUUCCCUGCUUGUGCAGCAGGGGCAUGUCCUGGGCCUGGUUCUCUGCAGCGUCUCCAGCCCUGACCCCUCGGCAGCAAAAGGACAUGGCGGUCAUGGCCCCCCUGCUGUCUCCGGAGCAGGGGCAGGGGGGAGACCUGAGGGUGACACAGUGGCGUACCACGGGUCCUUGGUGCCAAGGGGGCCAACGCCCGCACUUGCAACUCCAGCCCCCUCCCCCCCCCCCCGGGCAAUCCAAACACAGAGCGGGGCCCAAGGCAAAUCAGCCUGUGCGGGGCCCACCCCCCACCCCAGGACACUUCCAUGGGGGAAUUACCACUGCGGCACACCAGCCCGGAUUGCUGGCCGGAACGGCUGAAGAACAGCACAACCCGCCAGGCAGUCGGAACGUGGCAGGCGCCCCAACCUCUCUGGCCUGCGUCCCCCACUCACUACCCCUCUGGGGUGACAGCAACUGUAGAAAGGGUCUGGAGGGUGGGGGUGAAUGAGGCCCUUCAGGUGGGAGUUGGGGUGCACGUGCCCCUGGGGUCCCUUAUAGCCCCCGGCUGUGGGAUUUGGGCAAGGGAACCUGGGUGGCAGGGAGUUGCUUCUGCUGCACUCGCUGCCUCUUCUGAUACCUGCUUCUCCUCCCAGUCUGGUUUGCACGGGAGACGCUGGGGAUGCUGGUCACACUGGUACUGUACCAUGGCAUGAAUGGGAACCAGUGUGACCCAAACACCAUGCAGUGGACUCUCAGGGCAGGGAAACUGGGAGCCCGGACACCUGGGUUGACUGUAGUGACCCCAUUACACCCAGCCCCAGCACCACCCCAGAGCCAGCUGCAGCUCAGCCCAGGACCCCAACUGCUCUGCAUGUCAUCUUCUGUCAAGGGCGAGAUUGGCAGCUGAUCUCCUGUGACAUGGCAAGGCAGGUAUCCUGGAGAGAACCAGCACUGAGAUGCAGCUGGCUCUGGGGUGGGCAUCCAGCACCACAGACCAUCUUGUUUCUCCCUGCAGGAGCAGCUGAAGGCUCACCAUGGCACGUGGGCCAACUCGACUGUGAACGCUGAGCCUGGGCAAUGCACCUGUAUGGAAGAGGACGGGAGACGCAGCUGGAGCAGCAGCAGUGUCCCCAGAGCCUGCCCUCGCACGUGCACCCCAGGCAGCCGGACGGCAGCAGGUCUGCUCUGCUCCAGAGCCUGAUAUGUUCCCUUUCUAUGAAGGACUGGAGCAUGGUAGGGAAUUAACUCAGUCCUGGAUUUUAAAGCUGAUUUUGGCAUGACAAAGCCAUCACACAUGUGUUUCUAUAAGCACUAAGGAGGUGGGGAUUUGGCUCAGGUGGUGCUGAUCCUACAGAGUCUGAGAACCGUUGCAGCAGCAGGACGUUGGCAGUCUCAGCCUCAUUUUCCUGGGGCAGGUGCAACAUCUGGUGCCGUGUCGUGCUGCUCGGAGGCCAGACACGGGGUUUGUCUGGGCUGGUCUGGAUGGGCUGAUCCUGCCCCAGGCAUGGGUCAGACUGGGUGUGACCCCUGGGGUUCUGUGCAGCCCCCAGCUCUGCAGUGUCUCUGGACGCUGCAUGCCCUGUCCCCAUCUCACUCCAGCCUGGGGACUGUUCGUUCUCCUCCUCCCAGUUUCCUUUUUAAACCAGUCUUUGUGAGCCCGAGUGGGCUCUUCUGGCCCUUCUCGAGGGCUCACCCACCCUCGCCACGGUGCUGACACCUCUGCGGAGGCCAAACUGAGCAGGCCAAAACCAGUGCCACUUCCCGGGACUCAAAACAAUGGAGAAAACCUUGGUGCCACGACUUCCGACUGCAAGGUGCCCCUGGACACCGGACAGUGCCGACAGGCGCCGUGCAUGAGUGUACAGAGAGCGAGAGCCCAGGCCCCCGGCCACUGAGAUCCCUGCUGGGGAGACGUGGCUGCUGCGCUGGAGCCCGUGGCAGCCGUGGGCCUCCCCUUCAUGGCUGAGCUGGAGAAGCAGGACACAGGAGGUGUGCAGGAGGGGCUGAGGGUGCAGAAGUCCCUCGUGUCGUCCAAACCGGAGCUAUUCCAGCACCAAGAGCUCUGGGGGCAGGACACGAUGCAGGACAUUCAGCCCCCUUGCGAGGCCCAGCUGCCCUCCAUGACCCCACAGCUGGCACCGCGAGAUGAGCUCCCCAGCCCAGAGCCCUGGCGCCAGCUCUUCCGUGGCCUGCGCUACCGGGAAGCCGAGGGCCCAGGGAAGAUUUGCAGCCGCCUGCGGGACCUGUGCCGGCGCUGGCUGGAGCCCCAGUGCCGCAGCAAGGAGCAGAUGCUGGAGCUGGUGGUGCUGGAGCAGUUCCUAGCCAUCCUGCCCCCAGAGAUGCAGAGCUGGGUUUGCAGGUGCCGCGUGGAGACCUGCGCCCAGGCCGUGGCCCUGGCCGAGGGGUUUCAGCUAGGGCAGGCGGAGGACGAGAAGAUCCAGGUCACCGUGCGUGUGAAGGUCGAGGAGGUUUCCUCAGACAAGAUGCAGCCCCCACGGGCCCUCUCAGAGCCUGGUGAUUCCCGGGUGCAGAAGCCAAAGGCCCGUGGUGAGGACAGGCCUCUGGAGGAGGCAGGAGAGCGGGAAACCUCAGGGCCCGAGGUCAAGCUGUCUCAUGUCCCCAAAGAGGAGCCCCCGCCCAACCCGGAGCCAGGCAAUGAACUAUGAUCUCACUAUUGAACUGAUAAAAAAGCACCUUUGAUCUUGCGCCUUGAGUUGACCACAUUUACCACUGAACUCAC